AAACAAGUCGCGCGGAGCGUUCAGAGAGUCGACUCCGGCUUUACCGUACACACACACACACACACCUGCGCGCGCAACACCGGGACUUUACUCGGAGCGACUGGAACAUGAAGAGCGCUUUGAUCUUUCUGUGCGCAAUCUGCGCCUGGUAUCCGGUUCAAGGAACAUAUCCAUCCUCACAAUGCACAUGUAAUGGAAAGGCUCUGUACUGCGUGCGAGACUCUUUGGGCCUGCGCUGUGCAAACUGCCAAGGCAACACUGAAGGUCGGCACUGUGAGAGCUGUAAGGAAGGAUACUACCACCAGAGAGCAGGAGAGCGCUGCCUGCCCUGUUACUGCAACCCUUUAGGCUCUGAGGGCCCAGGAUGUGACAGUCAGGGUCAGUGUCUAUGCAAGCGAGAUGUGCAGGGGACCCAGUGUGACCGCUGCACUAACGGAUCUUCAAUCCCACUUACCGGUUGUGAGCCACAGCAGAAGAAAAGCUGUUUCUGUAAUGGACAUUCAAAUGAAUGCUCCCCAGCACAAGGUUACUCAGUUUACAACAUCAUCUCAACAUUUGAUCAAGGGAUGGCAGGCUGGCGAGUCAUCACUUCUCCGACUGUGAGUCCACCCCAGGUACAAUUCCGCUGGUCUCCAACACACCACAGCGUUGAGGUCAGCUCUUCAGACGUGCUACCUGUUUACCUUUCUGCUCCAGCUCAGUAUCUGGGGAACCAGGCUCUGAGCUACGGUCAGACACUCUCCUUCGUACUCCGUCUGAACCGAGGAGUCCGCUAUCCCUCGACUUCAGAUGUCGUGUUAGAAGGAGCUGGACUGCAGGUUUCUGCUGCACUGGGAAAUAUGAGGACUGUCAUCCCCUGUGGCAAGAAAAUCACCUACACUUUCAGGUUGGAUGAACAACCCAACAGCAGAUGGAAGCCUCAGCUCUCAGCACCAGAGUUUCAAGCCCUUUUGAGUAACCUUACAGCCAUCAAGAUCCGAGUCACGUUUGGGGAAGGGGGACAUGGUUAUCUGGACGAUGUCACUCUGGUGUCAGCUCGGUUGGGUCCUGGCUUCCCUGCAUCCUGGGUGGAGAAGUGCCAUUGUCCAACAGGUUACGAAGGCCAGUUCUGUGAGCAUUGUGCUGCAGGCUAUAAAAGACGUUUCCCUGGACAGGGUGUCCGAAGCCAGUGUGAGCCAUGUGCCUGUCGAGGAGGAAGCUGUGAUCCUGAAACAGGGGACUGUUACUCAGCUGAUGAGACUCCUAGUGGACAAGGCUGUGCUACUGGUUACUACAGUGACCCUCAGAUUCCUGGAGACUGCAAGAAGUGCCCAUGCCCUCUAGGCUACAUCUGCUCGCUCACUGCAGGGACCCUGAAUGUAAAGUGCAGAUGCCCACCUGGGGCCACAGGCUCUCGGUGCCAGAAGUGCAGUGAUGGUUUCUAUGGUGAUCCUCUGGGAGAGAGUGGCAUUCAGCGCCCCUGCCAGCGCUGCCACUGUAAUGGGCACUUGGACUUAAACGCUGUGGGCAAUUGUGACCGCUUGACGGGGGAGUGUUUGAAAUGCUUGAACAACACUACAGGCUUUCAGUGUGAGAAGUGUAUGGACGGAUUCUUCCACAGCAAAGACGGCGAUGCAUGUCACGCUUGCAACUGCAACCCAAAGGGAUCAAUCGCCAGCUCCUGUAGCGAGCAGGGCCAGUGCAAGUGUAAAGAAGGUUUCGAGGGACAAAAGUGUGUCAGAUCAACGUGUCCAUCAUGCUUCAACCCUGUUAAGAGCCAGAUCAGGAAGUAUGUGAAGAAGCUGCAGCAGGUGGAGGCUCUUUUUAACGAAGUAGGGACUGGUGGUGUGGACAUCACUAGGGCCAUGGAGAAAGCGAUCAGCACUGCUGAGGAAAUGGUCAAGACGGUGGAAAGUGACGCAGACACACUUAUUGAGGCCGAGAAGAGUCUUCAUGCCCAGUUGGUAGCCAUCGGCAACAAUCAGUUGAGAGAUGAGAGGAAAAUACAGGACAUCUCAAAGACCAUACAAAACGUUGUCUGGCAGGAGCAGCAGUAUCGGAGAGAAGUGGCUGACAUCCAGGAACUCAUCAGUGAUAUUAGGCAAAAUCUGCAAAAGGCCAAGCGGGACAUCCAAUCAAUUGAGCUCCCCUCAGGUGAUGCAGCACCAGGUACAAACAUCGGGUCCAAUUUGGUUCAGAAAGCAAACGAUCUCGCUGAGAAUCACACAGGUGAGGCGGCAAAGGUAGAGCAGACAGCAAAGAGGUCUCUUCUUGAGGCUGAGAAUGCUUUGGCUCUCAUGCGAACUGUCAUCAAUGGAGAAAACAAAGUCACAGAGCAACUCAAUGGCCUCAGGACUCAGUACGAGAUAGACAAAGCCCUGGUGAAUACCAUGAACAAGCAGGCGGCUCAUCUGAGUAAUGAAGCAGCGGCAGAAAGCACAGUGGCCCUGGAAACUCUGAAACAAAUAUCUGACCUGGAGAAAAAUAUUCCAAAAGCCCCAAAGGACAUUAACAGCUUGGUUGCCACACUGGAUGGUCUGAAGAAUUCAUUUGGGAGUAACGUGUCCGGGUUCGUGGAGCUGACUAAUCAGGCUGAGGCUGAUCAGACAGAGGCGGUGGAACUUAUGAAUCAGCUCAGAAAUGCUAAGCAGGUCCAGGAUAACCUGUUUGCCAGGGCCAACAUUGCCAAAGCAGAUGCAGAUAAAGCCCUGAAGCUCUUUAACAAUCUGGGCAGUGUGGAUCAGGCUCUGGAGAAGCUCAAAGGAUUUGAAGCCCAGAUAAAUAAGAGUAAGUCUUUGGCUGAUGAUGCCCUUAGUAAACUGCCCAUAAUUAGUGACAUCAUUGGGAAAGCUGUCGUCAACAAUGACAAGACUCAGGCCAUUCUGGACCAGCUGGGUGACUACGAUGACACUCUGGCCACGCUCAACAAGCUAAACAUGACUCUGGCCAAUGUAGAGGGAAUGUCUGGCUCCCUGCCAUCCUCAGAUCUUUUGAAAACAGCUACCACACUGAAGGGAGGCCUGGAAGUGCUAAAUAACCAAGCAGACGCCACCAGGAAAAAACUGACUGAAGAGAAAACAAAUGCAGAGAGAGAGAGGGAGCUAGCUGAGAAGGUUAAUUGGGAGGCCAGUGGAGCGUAUAUUAAUGCAAAUAACACCAAAGGUGCUGUCGGAGAUGCUUUGAAGACCGUCAAUAACCUUCUAGAAUUACUUGGAUCACCAGAAGCUGUAGAUGAAAAGAAGGUGACGGAUCUGGAGAAUGCUAUAGCUACAAGCCGUAAACGUGUGGAGACAGAGCUCAAGCCCAGACUAAAAGAGCUAGAGGACAAAGAGGUUCAGCAGAGAGCUGCCUUCACACGCAUGAUCAGCGAUAUCGAAACCAUCUUGGCUGAUAUCAGCAACCUUGAGGAGAUUAACAAAACCAUACCAAGUGGCUGCUUUAACACACCACCCAUCGAGAGAGCUUAAUGGUGUAAUGUAAGACAUGAACUAUGGGCCUAUGGAUAGAAAAUGCCUCGGAGACAAUUAGAAAAUUGACACCACUAUACAUUUAAUAUGUUAUGUUUGUAUUUUGUACUGGAGGUUUGUCAGUGUUACUAACUAUAUUUAUGUGUUCCUUUGGGAGAAAAAGAUGACUGUGAUGUGUAAGACACAAACAAUGUUAAAGUAGGUAUGAAAUAUACAGAUGGAUGCAGCUUUUUGUUAGUUUGAACCAAAGGCAUUCCCAUGUAUAAUGCAGUAAUUAAAGUGAGUGUGUCUGCAAAGCCAAAGUGUGCAUACAAUCCUGUAAUUUUGAAAAUGAGUUGUCAGUAUUUAUUGUGUGUAUGGUGCUUUUGAAUAAAAUGUUGAUGAUCUUUUAUUGAACUAA